AAUCAACACGUGUAAUCCGGGCGACCAAUCUGCACACCGCGAUGGCUUCAAUUCAACACACUUCAACGCCGGCAAUCUGCACCGCCCUACCUUCAAUUUACACCGCGAUGCCUCCAAUGCCUUCCCAACAGCAGGCCCAACCUCGCGUGGGCGCGCGCUGGGCGCCCUACCAACCGCCGCCGCCUCGACCCUCGGGCCCUCCAGCCGCCUGCCCGCCGCCGCCGCCGCCGCCGCCGCCGCCCGCCCUCAUUCCUCGGCCCUCGACCCCUCCCGCCCUCCCGCCCGCCGCCCGCCCUCCCUCGACCCCUCCUCCCAAGCAGCAACGUGCCAAGGAGCUCGAUCGAGAUACCAAGAUCGAGGUACGGGCUCUUAAGAAAUACCUAGGCCUUUCCUAUGUAAAAAUUGCCCAGGUGAUGGGAAUCACUUACCGCCAAGCCGAGCGCGCCUGCAAGGGCCCUCUCACUCCCAAGAAAGCGGGCAGGGUCGGCGCUACCAAGAAGGCUACCGAGGAACACAUUCGCGCCAUGCGGAGCUUUUUGGAGGACCCUCGCAACCGCCGGAUUCCCUGGUGUCGCCUCCGGUUUUUAGUCCCUGGCUUUGAGGGUUGGGGUGACACUGCAAUGCAUUCUUUACUUACUUCCCUUGACUAUAAACGAACGCGCCCGGGUGGUCAGCUUCCUCCUACGCCUAGCACAGGGGCACAGGUGGGAGGGGCACAAGUGGGGCCGCCCAACUUGUCGGGAGACCGGACAGGAGAUGAUGACGGAGAUGAUGACGGGGGGACGGCAGAUGAUUGAUGACCCAAGCUCAAGCUUUCUAGAUUAUCUGGCCGGCACCCAAGUAGACAGAAACGGUACUCGGCAAUGCGGAGCUUGUCGUUCCUUGAAUUUGUUCUUUUUGUUUUCAGCUUUUUUUCUAUUCUGGUUUCGGAGCUAUUAUCCUUGCUCCCCCCACCGUCCCCUCCUUUUCUUACACUACAGACAACCCCCUAGGACGAAGCAGCAGGCGCCUCGGCGGUCUCCUCGGUGCCCUCCUCAGGCGGCCCGUCGCGGACGCGCGCGGGCGUGCGCGGGUAAAAGGCCGAGUACUGGACGUUGUUGAGGUUGAGGAAGAACUGCACCACGCGGUCGAGGCCGAUGCCGCCGCCGCCGUGGGGCGGCACGCCGGCCUGCCUGAAGGUGUUGACGUAGCCCUGGAGGCCCUUGGACUUUGGAUCGAGCCCCUUGCGCCGCAUGCGCUUCUCGAGCAGCUCCGGGUCGUGGAUGCGCUGCCCGCCCGACAUGAUCUCCUGCCCGCGCAUGAAGAAGUCGUAGGCGUUUGUGACCGAGUCGUCGGCCGGGUCCUCCAUGGUGUAAAAGGGCCGGGCCGACUCGGGGAACUUGUCGAGCACGUAAAAGUCGGUGCCGAACUUGCGCCGUAUGAUCUCGCCCAGCGCCUUCUCCUGCGGCGUCGACAUGUCCUCGUCGUCGCGCACGUUGCGGAACUCCUCGGGGCCCUCCUCGCGCAGAAGCUUCUGGCCCUCGGCGAACGUCAGGCGCACCUCC